ACACAGAGGAUAAGUAUAAAGUUGCGGACAUUACUGUACUCUCUCUCACUCAUACUCUCUCUCUCUCUCUCAACACUUUCUAUUGCGGCUAGGGUUUCUCGUCUCUCUCUGCUGUCUUCACUAGCGUCUCAAGUCUCUACUUAUAGAUCUCUUUUAUACGUACACAUACACACAUGGAUAUCAAUUAGCCCCUUUUGUUAGUACAAAAAAGCUAGGGUUUUUCAAUUGGGGCUUCUGAAAUGGCGACUGCUAAUCCUUUCGAUUUGCUGGGCGACGAUGACAACGACGACGUUUCGCACUUGAUUGCUCUGCAGCAGCAGAAGAAAGCGGCGGCUGAGAAGUCGGCUGAGAAGGCGGCGCCGGCUGACAAGUCGGCUAAGCCGGCGGCUAAGCUGCCCUCCAAGCCGCUCCCUCCUGCUCAGGCUGUGAAGGAGGCUAAGAGUGAAGGUGGACGUGGUGGAGGCCGUGGCGGAAACCGUGGUGGUGGCGGCGGCCGUGGGUAUGGCCGCCGUGAUGGAGGUGGAUAUGAUCGCCGUGAUGGAGGUGGGUAUGAUAGAGACUCUAGCAGGAAUGAGAAUUCAUUUGGUAACGGUGGAACUGGUGGUGGUCAAGGUGCGAUUAGAGAAACUGACUCUGGGAGGACCUUUGAACGACGUGGUGGUUAUGGCGGCCCACAGAGUGGUUUCCGUGGUGAGCGCCGUGGUGGUUAUAGUAACGGGGAAGAGGGGGAGGGGGACCGCCCUCGUAGGGUGUUUGAGCGUAGGAGCGGGACAGGACGAGGUAAUGAAUACAAACGGGAGGGAUCUGGCCGAGGCAACUGGGGAUCACAGACUGAUGAAUUGUCUCAGGUGACGGAGGAAGUUACAAUUGAAGGUGAGAAAAAGGUUGAUACUGAGAAACCUUCAGUAGAGGAUGAUGCUUUGGAUGGAAACAAGGAGAAACCAACAAAUGAACCUGAAGAGAAGGAGCCUGAGGAGAUGACACUUGAGGAGUACCAAAAGAUUCUGGAAGAGAAAAGGAAAGCUUUGGAGGCAUUGAAGACUGAGGAAAGGAAGGUUGAAAUUGACAAAGAUCUCGCAGCUAUGCAACCACUCUCAAGCAAGAAGAGCAAUGAUGAAAUCUUUGCGAAACUCGGGUCUGACAAGGAUAAGCGAAAAGAAAUUGCCGAGAAGGAAGAACGAGCAAAGAAGUCACUCAGCAUAAAUGAGUUUCUGAAGCCAGCUGAUGGUGAGAAGUACUACAAUCCUGGUGGUCGAGGUAGGGGUCGUGGACGGGGUUCUAGAGGUGGUUUUGGUGGCGGCAGUGGAGGGAGCAGUUAUGCCGAAGCUCCUGCUAUUGGAGAUCCUAGCCAGUUCCCUACCUUGGGGGCCAAGUGAGCUCUGCUCUUCCUGCCUGCACGUCAGCUGUGUUGUUUUCAUGUUGUCUAAGUCGUCUACUGAUCUUAUGCAAGAUUUUUUUAUAUAAAAAUAAUGGAUUAUUAUGUACGUUUAAAAUGAAAACUUAAUAUGUACUCAUGUAGUUUUUUUAAUAUACUGAUGUGGGAAACCAUUUUAUGACUUGAAACAUGCAAUUUUAUUGUCCCUUCCCAA